AUUCGCAUCUAUUAAUACCUCUCUCCUGAAAAGAAAACAAAAAAUCAGAAAAGAAAACAAUCCGCUCACCGGGAAAAAAAGUCACCGAUGGCUCGUCGCGACGUUCUCCUCCCUUUCCUCCUCCUGCUAGUCACCGUAUCCGCCGUGGCCUUCGCCGACGAUGAACCAGACUGCGUCUACACAUUCUACCUCCGAACCGGAUCGAUCUGGAAAGCCGGAACCGAUUCGAUCGCAAGCGCCAGGAUCUACGACAAGUACGGUGACUAUAUCGGGAUCCGAAACCUAGAAGCCUGGGGUGGAUUAAUGGGGCCUGAUUACAACUACUUCGAGAGGGGUAAUCUCGACAUUUUCAGCGGAAGAGCACCGUGCUUACCAAGUCCGAUCUGCGCUCUAAACCUAACCUCCGAUGGCUCCGGCGAUCACCAUGGCUGGUACGUCAACUACGUCGAGGUUACGAUGACUGGUGUUCACGCACAGUGCUCGACGAAUAAUUUCGAGAUCGAGCAAUGGCUCGCCACCGAUACAUCUCCUUACGAGCUCACCGCCGUGCGGAACAACUGUCCGGUGUCGCUAAGGGAUACCGUUAGUCGGGUCGGGUCGGAGAUCCGGAAAGGGCUUUCUUGGGUCGUCUGAGUGAUGUUUGUGUGAUUCAUGAGCUCUCUUAUUGUAUUGUUUGUUUGUGUAAUUGUGUCCAUCGUCUUGUGAGUGUAAUGUGGCCUUUGAUGAUAUGAUUCGAUAAAUAAAACUUUUUUAGAAUUAUUUGCCAGA